UAUCUGGAUCAGUUGGUUCUUCAGCAAUGUGUGGCUCUUUACUAUCAUCAAAUGUAUGAGAUGUACAGUCUAGAUCCAUAAUAUAUCCAAUUAUUAUUAUUAUUAUUAGUAGUAGUAGUAGUAGAGAGAAUUUCUCUAGAAUCUUUGUGUAUGGUAGACAGACAGACAGACAGAUAGAUAGAUAGAUAGAUAGAUAGAUAGAUAGAUUUAACACAAUACAUUUAAGAGGAUCCUAUAUUACAUUUGUAUUUUACUUGGUAAUCAGACUAUUUGGUGAUGAGUUUUAAAUGAUGGUGGGUGUAUUUGCAGUCUGUGCCCAUGUUGGUGUUCUAAUUAGUACACAUACAUGCAGCUCUCUUGACAUGAGUGAUUAGUAGAAUACCAGCUCUAGACGCUCUGGCCAGGCGUCACUCAAAUAGAUGAAGUGCCAUGCAUACCCAGCAGUGUGCGAGUGUGUGUGUGUGUGUGUGUGUUUAGUUUUGAAACUGCUGAAGUAAGAGUGUGAAAGAUCUUGGUUGUAUUAGCAGGUCUCUCCUGAUACCAUAUGAUACCUGCACUUGGUACUCAAGAUAUCCUAUAUAAUUAAGUAAUAGAAAAAAGAACCCAAAUGUUUGCUUUGGAUUUUGGCUGCUCCAUGAUGAUGAAUGUUCUCUGAGUGUGUGCCAUCAGUAUUUGUGAAUUAGAUUUUCACUUUGGCCUUUAGUUUGAGUGUUGUAACCUAUAAUCCUUGGCAUUUAUAGAUACAUAAUUCAACUAGGGUCCUGACUGGCAGUGUUUAAUCCGGGUCAAGAAUGUAGAAAUUUACAAUAUAUCAGUUUGUACAGAUUUGUGUGUGUGUGUGUGUGUGUGUGUGUGUGCGUGUGUGUGUGUUUGCAUUUGGAUGUGUGAAUUUAAGUGCAAAUGUGCAAGUGAGAGGAAUGACUGAGCACAUUAAGUGCUGCGUCUAAUGUUAAAGGAUACACUGGGUCCUCUUCACCACCUUGCGUUUCCUCAGAGCCAGAGUUCCACCUGUCUGACACUUGUCUCUGUGACUGACACAUUCUCUGCUCCUUAUAGAGAGGAGGCAUGAGGGUGGGUUCACUUCUGUCUCCCUUUCAGAAUCUGUGGCUUGGCUGCACCGUUGAUGUCAACAACCAGACUACUGUUAACGUAGAGCUGAAAAAGUGGGAGAUAGGGACACAUAGGGGAUUAAAAGUGUCAUUAAAGUGGAGUUUGUGCACAGACGGAGGCUCGGACUUGGGCCCCAUGUUUGUGACUUUGGUUACCAUGGAGAACUUCUUGCGUGAUAAGGACGUUUGGAUUGUGGGUAGUGUGUGCUUAGUUGUAUCCAUUUUAUGGAGGAAGUUUUGGAGUUUAUUCACCCACAAGAGGAAACAAGAUAAAUCAGCAGGAAGCACAUCACUUUACUCACAGCUGAAAGAGAAGGAAUGUAAGGAGAAGCCAAAUGUGUGCUUAAAGGUGUCGAAAUCCCAGAAGAAGAAACCUCCAGAUGCAACAGGUGCAGCCAAGGAUGACUUGGAAAAGGUACAAAUGCUCAAUCAACAGAACACAAGCCUUUUCCAUGGCAAUGCUGAAACCGAUGCUAGCACAACAGGACUUCUGGACUUUAUCCAAGAUGAGAAAGAAGCACAAACUGAGAAAAAAGAUAAAGAAGAACUGCAAACAGGGGAGAAAAAAGAGGACAGUACGGAAGAUAAAGAUAUUCUCAUACAAUCCAGGUUGAAUGAGAAAGUAGAGACAAACAACGAGGAAGAGAAUCAGAGAAUAGAAAAAGAAGAUGGCUUGAGUGUCCCUGAGGUGCCGUCUUUAAUCCUGUCUAGCUGUGAGUUUAGUCAAGACCAGGAAGUCCCCCAGGAAAGCGAUAAUGAACACAUAGAGUUGAUUGCCAGUACUAAGAGACGAGUCGAGAAUCUGGAGAAAGAUGAUCUCAAAAAAAGCAGAGUGGAGGAAAGGUCAGAAGAGGUGGAAAAAAGUGAGGAAGAAAAGAAGCCUGGAGUGGGAGCAUCAGAGGUGGAACCAAAGAAACCUGAGGAGGAGAGGAAAGAAGUAGAUUCAGUGCCUGAAGAAUACAUCAUAGAUUGCUCACCUCCUCCUCCAGCACCCUUUGAGCACCGUGUGGUGACAACCAAAACCCAACAUAUAGCUACCUAUUAUACCAUCAACAGAGAGGAAGUGCUUGGAGGUGGGCGCUUUGGAAUUGUCCAUAAGUGUGUGGAGAAUUCUUCUGGUCUCACACUGGCAGCUAAGAUCAUCAAAACCAGGAAUCAGAAGGAGAAGGAAGUGGUAAAAAGUGAGAUUGAGGUUAUGAACCAGCUGAACCAUGCUAGCCUCAUCCAGCUUUAUGCUGCUUAUGAGUCUCGCAAUGAUAUCACUCUCGUCAUGGAGUAUGUCGAGGGAGGAGAAUUAUUUGAUCGCAUCAUCGAUGAGAAUUACAAUUUGACUGAAUUGGACACAGUGCUGUUAAUCAGACAGAUAACAGAAGGGCUACAAUACAUGCACAAGAUGUACAUACUGCACCUCGACCUGAAGCCAGAAAAUAUACUGUGUGUGAGUCGAGAAACAAAUAAAAUCAAGAUCAUUGACUUUGGUCUGGCCAGAAGAUAUAAACCAAGGGAGAAGCUCAGAGUGAAUUUUGGCACACCUGAGUUCCUUGCACCUGAGGUGAUCAACUAUGAGUUUGUCUCCUUCCCAACAGAUAUGUGGAGCUUAGGAGUCAUUACAUACAUGCUGCUAAGCGGUCUCUCUCCUUUCCUGGGUGAUGAUGACAAUGAGACACUGAAUAACAUCCUAGAAUGUAAGUGGAACUUUGAAGAGGCAGAGUUUGCCGAUAUCUCUGAUGAAGCCAAAGACUUCAUAACACGUCUGCUCAUUAAGAGCAAGAGUUGGCGAAUGAGUGCAUCUCAGUCACUGAAACAUCCCUGGCUGUCUGAUCAAACACUUCACUAUCGUCUGCAUCAGAAAAGGAACAAGUGCCACUCCACAAACGCUCCUCCACCAGAGAGCUAAAACAGAAAUCUUCUUCACCCAUGUGAAGAACUGGACCAACAAAACUGCACCUGAAUGGCCACCAGCUGCUAUACAACAAUGAAUAUCCAUUUCAUAACCAGUAAAAGUAGGCUACAACACAAUACUAAUUCUUCUUUGUAACAAUACCUGAACAACAGGAGGUAGCUUUACAGUCCUCCACUUGCAAUGCACAACUCUACUGUUAUACAUAAUUCAUCUUUUACUAAUCAAGUCUUAUUUCUGUCACUGUUUUUGUUGUUUGAUAUUUAUACUGACAUAAAAAUGAUUAAUUUUUGUUUUUAAAUAUAUCAUUAUAUAACAAUGUACUGUAGACUUGAUAUGCUUGAAUACAUGAUAUACAUGAUUACUUUCACUCCAUGGCACAAAUCCAGCAACCACCUCAAGUUUCUUGUUUCUAUAUGGGAAAAACAUGGCUUUUGGAUAAUAUUGUUAGCAGUUACAAAAUGUAUGUAAUAUAAAACACUUAAUUUAGAAAUUUAGAGGUAUUUCAUCAACAAGAACAACCAGUUACACAGUUCUCCACUUGUAUGUACCCGAAAGUAGCUGAUAGGCCAAGAUAUGUUUGGGGUGUAAAAUUAGCUUCUUUCAUUUUACACUGAAGAUUUUUUUUUUUUCAACUUACUUUUUUUUUAUUGUGCAAUGCUUUCUUACAAAGCAUGUACACUGUUCACAUAAGGUACAUAACAUUACACUGAAGAUUAAAGUAGCUACAUGCUGUAAUAAUACAAAUAUUGAAUUAAAGUGGAAAGUUGGUGGCUAUUGUUAUGUACAGUUCAAGAUGACACAGUUAAAUUUGCACUGACAGACUACUUCUGCUAUAUAACAGAAACAUUUGCUUUUGAAUGCCAUUAUUUGUUAGCUACAAUUGCCUCCAGUGUAAAAUAAAAGAAAGGUAACUUUACACCCAAAAAUGUUUAUAGAUUAGAACUAUACUGUCAUACUGUUUUCUCAACCACAUUGAGAAGUCCAUGUGACAUUACUGAAUAACUAGAAGCAGUUUAAGGCAGAGGUGUACAAGAAGGAUGGGUUAGAGAUUACUUGCCAGCUAAUUUAGACUUGUAGCUCCAGUACAAAACUAAACAAGCACAUGACUUGGCUGAACAACCACAUACAGUUGGGGUCACAAGUUUACAUAUGCCUUGCAGAAUCUGUAAAAUGUUAAUUUUUUUUAACAAAAUAAGAGGGAUCAUACACAUUGCAGUUUGUUUUUUAUUUAGUGCUGCCCUGAAUAAGCUAUUUCACACACAACUAUUACAAAAGGUGGAACUGACUCUCAAGAAGGCAACACGAUACAUUAAGAGCCGAGGGGGUGUAAAGUUUUGAAUAUGAUGAUGAUAAAAUUGUUAUUAUUUUAUCUUCUGGGAAACAUGUAAAUAUCUUAGGUAGCUUCUGAAGGGCAGUACUAAUGAAAAAAAAAAAAAAAGAUCUUUAAACAAAAUAAAAACAAUUUACACCAAUCAUCCUGUUCAAAAGUUUACACCCCCCGGCUCUUAAUGUAUCGUUUUGCCUUCUCAAGCAUCAGUGAAUGUUUGCACCUUUUGUAAUAGUGUAAUUUUGUAAGAGUCCCUCAGUUGUCCUCAGUGUGAAAAGAUAGAUCUCAACAUCAUAUAGCCACUGUUAGAAAGGGGUCAAAUAUCAGGUCAAGUGGCUUUAUUGUCAUUUCAACCAUGUACAGCUAGUACAAUACACAGUGAAAUGAAACAACCUUCUUCCAGGACCAUGACGUUACAUAAAACAGCACAGAACUACAUGAUACUCCACAUUAGUACAUUUUCUGAAGAACAGUGGGCAGUUUAACUGCUUAGGACAAACAAGGGACUCAAGACUAUCACAAAACAUAAAAAAAGUCAUUGAUCAUCAGAUAACAACACACAGUAUUAAGAAUCAAACAUAUGUAAACUUUUGAACUGGUUCCUUUGUGUAAAUUCAGUUAUUAUUUUGUCUCGUGGACUACAUGUAUACAUCUGUUAUGUGAAAUAGCUUAUUCAGGGCAGUACUAAAUAAAAAACAAAACGCAAUUUUUAUGAUCCCUCUUAUUUAAAUUAUUAACAUUUUGCAGAUUCUAUAAGGCAUAUGUAAACUUAUGACCCCAACUGUACUUUCAUUAGAAAUUGUGUAAAGUGUAAAUUGUGUAAGAGUUUUUUAUAACUAUCUGAGAUUAGGAUGCUGCUGCACAUUUUCCUCCUCCCUCUCUGCUGGGUAUUUAACUCACCUUCCAUGAAGGCAAACCCAACAGUAAACUACCUUUUGUUUUAUAUUUAGUGGAAUCUUUUUUUCAGUUAUUUCUGCUUUGUAUCCUAAACUUACUUGAAGUUCAACAUUUUAACAUUAUUGUGUAUUAAUAAUAUUAGUUAUGAAUCCUAAUCAGGUGGGAAUAUGGCAGUGCUCAAAACUAAUGCACAUAUUUCUCUUGGAUGAAUAUUAUGGAACAGAAUUGUUAAGACGCAUGCUGAGUGUGUUUAAAAUUAUUAGAUAUUUUUUGUAGAUAUGUUGAUGAAAUGUUUCAUGCUACUGAUUCCUUUGCCUGCAUUGUCAUAGUCAAAGUCUUUUUCUGCCCGGUUUGUCCUAUGUUUGAACUGUUUUUGUUUAUGUCACUAUAUUAAAUGAAAAAAUAAACUAAAUAAUGCAAUAGUUACAGUUCUAUAUAAUUACAGAGUUUGUUGUGUUGUGUUUCCAAGGCUAAUAUUAAUGCUACAGGUUAAUGUUCUUAUGUACAAGUACGAGUCUUAUGUUAUAGGUUAAACAAAUCACAUUACUCUUGUAUAGACCAUUGUUCUGUAUUUCUCUGAUUAUUUCAAGCAAACAGACACAUGGUUGUAUUAUGUUCUCUUUCAUAUUGUGCUUGAUAGUCCAGUAUUACAGACAACUGAUAAAGCCUGUGGCACAUUGUCGAUAGGGACAGGGGCCAUAUAUCAGCCGUUCAACAAAUAUUAAUCUUUCAUAAAGUCCUCAUACAUGACUCCAUACAUGUUAAUUCCAUUGAAAUACUUAUUGCUUCAUUUGAGUGACCAACGAUUUAAAAAAAUGUUGUUAUUUGACUGGUAUAAGGUGAUAUAUUUGCUAAUUUUUCUAGAUGUUGUGCAAUUGUGGGGCAGCCUGCUCACUGCCCCAUUUAGCUUCCAAAGAGUAAUUAAUGUGCCUAGUGGUCAAAAAUGGAAACUCCAACAAGCCCAUUGGGGAAGGAAUUACACUGCGCCAUGCCCCAGGUACAGACACGACAGUUAACGACAGGGUUGACAGACUGGACUAGUUUAAAAAUACUCUGCGGCCAUCAAGAUCCUGUUUUAUAGCCAUUAAUCUGAAUCUACAAAAAAAAAAUCUAAUAAAGUGCAUAGACAGUGUGUCUAUGAUUAACAGAACCAUUUCUACUGUAAGAUAUAUUGCAAAGAUUGGGAGAGGGAAAGGGGGAUUAUUAUGGAGUGGAUAACAUCCAUAUGUCAGAGAUGGAUGUGCACCAUGGUGAUCUUUGGUCUCUCUUUUCCAACGCUGAAUUUUUUGAGCUAGUUUCAACUCUUUUGUGUGGAUUUUGAGAUGUAGUUGGACUGGAAAUGUGGCUGAAACCUGACAACCCUGGUUAAUGAUAAGCUUUACUGUGUUCGUCAUACAAAUGGGAAACACACCUGCUGUAACAAACACAGUUGAACAAACAUAUGUUUAAAACCACACAAAACAAGCUGCAAGACUGUGUGUUGUAUGAGUCUAUGUUCUUGACUUAAUUGUCUGUUAUAGAGUCACUCUAAAAAUUCGCUAUAUAGUAGCUUAUAGCAUAAGUCAAAAGUGAAAACCUCUUGACAUAAAUUUGUUUGAGGCAAUGUCGUUAUUAACAUCAUCACCAAAAUCUAUGGUCACAAGCCACUGCUGGGUGAAGCACAAUUCACAGCAAUCAAGAAAUAGCCUUUGCUGUUUCUCACCAGGAAGCCUCACCACUGGAUUUUACCAUAAUCUACCAAAUGCUGUACUCGGAGAUGUGACCCAGGUUUAAGUUUGUAUAAUUUAGCGUAUAGAAAUAUGCUGUUGGUUGGAUGCCCUUGAAGUACACUUAGCUUGGACAGCUCCAGUAACAGUAUAGGCCAUCACGCACACUUCACUCAUCAGAUACAGACCUGUUAAUCCAGAGAAACACUUGUAGCUCAGCCAGUUGAAGAUGUUUAUCUGACACUACCUCUAAACUCUGUAAUCAAUUACCAGAGUACUUUAGGAACACCAGCUCAUCUGUGUUUUUAAAUCCAGCUAAACUUGUUAAACCUGUCCCAGUUUGCUAGCACAUACUUGACUGUUGUUAUCAUUACUUAAUCCUCAGACAUUUACAUAUACUUAACCCAUUAAUUUGCCUUUUAAGUCUGGUUCUUCUUAACGAUUAUUCCUCAUGUCGUCUCAGAAAGUUCUUCUUUACCACUGUCACCUCUGGUUUACUCAUUAGGGAAGUCAGGAACUAAUGGUAGUUAAACUGCAUGUGCACGGUUUUGUGUUUAUUGUUUAUUUACUUAUUUAUUUACUUAUUUAUUUGCACUUUUCCACACACACGCCUGCAUGAUCUGUUAGCCAUUUUAGACUGUAUUAGCUCACAGAAGUGGUGAAGAUUGGUUCGGUCUGGUUCAUCUGGUUUAUAAUCUCAAGUAAUUGUCUGUAAGGGCCAAUAAUAAAUGGCCUCAGAAGUCAUGUUAGACCGGGUGUAUUCACAGAGUUGCUGUCAGAGAGGUGUGAAUAAGGAGUGUUGGCAAGAAUAGAAGCCAGGAGGAAGUCACCAGCCUGAAUCAUCCUGGCUGGAUGCAAAGGAUUCACAUUUAUAGAUUUACUCCGUUUUCCUGUUUAUAACCAGUUAAAGUUCUCAGUUCUCGUGAAGUUGAAUUGUGUGAAUUGAGUGAAAUGCAGUCAUACUAGUGGGAAAAAAAACCUAAAAUACAAUACACAACGGUAAUGCUCUUCACUAGUAUCAUGCAGUAAACGUAGCACACUGAAAAACAGCAUGAUCUAUUUAAUGAAAAACAAUCAGCUUCAUUUCACUGUGCGAUACAAACAGUCAACAGCAAAAAUACACACACACACACACACACACUGUCCACUUUAUUAAGGACACCAGGUGAUUUUUCUUCCUGGCAGUUCAAACCUAUCUGGCCAUUUUCCUCUGACCUCUCUUAUCAACAAGGCAUUUCUACUCACUAGAACUGUCACUCACUGGAUAUUUUUGUUUUUUGUCCUAUUCUAUGUAAACUCUAAAGACUCUAAAGUCACAGAGAUCACACUUUUUCUUCACUCUGAUGUGUGAUGUGAACAUUAACUGAAGCUCUUGGCCUGUAUCUGCAUGAUUUUAUGUAUUGCACUGCUGCCACAUGAUUGACUGAUUGGAUAACUGCAUGAAUGUGCAGGUGUACAGGUGUUCCUAACAAUGGCAUUAACAUUGAAGGAAAGGGUAGAGAUGGUGCUCCUUGGUACUUCUUGGUACUCUCAGUGGUUCCUGACUUUUAAGACACCGUGUACAUCUGGAUUUCUGUAAAGCGGUUCUGUGUCAAUAUUUGCUAUACAAAUAAAACUGAAUUGAAUUGCCUGUAAUUGCAUGAUCAUGUCAUUAUCUUGGUGAACAAAACGUGUAAGAAUCAUAAACUUUUGUUGGUCACAGAGCUUAUUUUCUGCAAUCAUCCAAAAGCCAAUGGAAAAAUCCUGUUGGCUUUU